CUGACCGACCGACCGGGGCCGGCCAAAUGAUUUUCCCCCCGGCAGGCAGGCAGGCCGGGUCGACGCUUCGAUGGCCCUCCGCUGCUUCUCUCGACGCGCCUCGAGAUAGACAUUCCACCCACCAACGUCUACUCAACGCAGGUCCCGCUAUGGCUGCCGUCAAUGGAGACCAAGUGCCAUCGGGCCCUCAUGGGCUCCCAAACCAGCCGCCGCCCGAAAUCAUCAUUCCCCCGAGAAACAUGCACGAAUACGUGCGCAAGACGGCAGAUUUUGUAGCUCGCAGGGGCGAUGCGCAGCAAGACAACAUCCUGGCGCGCAUUCGUAAAGAACCAAAACCCAUGAUGUCGUUCGUUCUGCCUGAAGACCCAUACUAUCCAUACUAUCAGUGGUUGAUACAGCAGUUCAAGGACGGGAAGGUUUCAAACGACCAGAACGAAAAGGCAGAGGACACCAAACCGAAAGGCCCGUCUGAGCCAACUCCCUUUCGCUACUCUGCGCGCAUGCCCAACAUUAGCUCACAGGAUCUCGAGGUUUUGAGGCUGACUGCACUGUACACAGCUCGAGUCGGCGAGAACUGGCUCAAGGAGCUGCGCAACCGCGAACUGGGCAACUCUUCUUUCGAGUUUCUCAGAGUCAACCACAGCUUCAAUCCAUUUUUCCGGGCGACCGUCGAUCAGUACAAGAUAUUGCUAGAGGAGGAGGAAACCCAGGAGCAACGCAUCCAAGAGCUGCAGCACAACAUCCAGAACCGCUUCCAUAUGCUGGAUCGCGCCAAAGAGCGUGCCGAAUACGUCAAGUACGUGUCGGAGCAGAAGGAGAAGGACGUGAAGAAAGCCGAGGACGAGAAGAAGGAAUUCCUGUCCAUUGACUGGGGUGAUUUCAAAGUCAUCGCAACCGUCUUGUUCGAUGAAGGUGACGAUGCUGCGGACCUCCCAGCACCUACUGUACUCACUGACCUACAAUCCGCUUCCCUGGAGCAGAAGGCCGCCAUUUCGCUGUCUUCUAGACGCAUUGAGGAGGCUAUGCCCGAUGACGUUGCCUACUACAACCCGAGUCAACCACAAAUGCCACCACCCGCAUUUCCUUCACCGCACAUGGCGCCCCCUGUGCAGCCUCCUUAUCAACAUCCGCCCCCCGUCCCUAUGAUGCCUAUGCACAAUCGCAGGGAGGAAGAGGAAGCACGCAUGCAACAGGAGCGCGACCGAGCUGCUCAGGCGCAAGCUGCCGCAAGAGGAGCACCCACCAAUAUGCGCAUCAGGACAGACUACGUUCCCCGCGCUAAGAAGGCAAAUGUUUCCAUGGUCACUUGCCCUAACUGCAAGCAGAGUCUCCCCUCGGAUGAAAUCCAAGAACAUAUGCGGAUUGAGCUACUCGACCCCCGCUGGAAAGAGCAACGAGCGAAGACUGAAGCCCGCUACUCCACCGUCAUCAACCCAACCGACGCUGCCAACAACCUCAAGCGUUUUGCUAGCCAACGUGACGAUAUAUAUGACGGAGUCACAGGCGUCGCCAUCUCGGAAGAGGAAGCUGCGCGGCGGAAGAAAGCGGCGACGUCCUAUGAUGGACAGCCAGACCCUGCAAAGGAUGCAGCGCGUCUCCAACAAAUGCAGAAUAUGAAUGUGCAGGAGCAGCUCCGCCGAAUUCAGGAGCGACACGGAGGAGCGCAGUAGCAGCCCGAAGGAGCAGUGAGUAUUUCUCUUCUUCUCGUGUAUGCUCUCAUGCAUCACAUGCAUAUGCUAGUGCACUGUGAACUUGUCUUCUCCCAUUCGUCAGAUGCAUUUGCCAGUGCAUUUCCAGUUUGUCGGCCUCACGCGUUGCAUGUUUCUGCCAAUGCUUUGUAACGGCAUCUGUUUUCGCAAACUGUAUACAUCGUUUGGCCCGGCAUUGCGAAUUUGGUCGCCCUCAUGAACAGAUGCACAUGUCUGUGCAUUGGGAAAUUGUAUACUAGGAUAUUGGGGUUGCACCUUCGGCAUCUCGAAGAUGCUCUUUGCCCCAACUGGACAAAAACACGCCGAUUCAUGAAGCAAGGCCUUGUCUGCUAUUAAUUGAUACCCGCAUAAUGAAUAAAAGAGAUAAAAAAAGUAUCAAAAUCUUAUUGCAUCGUUCCAGCGUUCCU